AUGCUACAGGGUAGCAGAUUUUCGAGAAUACCAAUGGAUAAGGAUUACGAAAGUGAUACCGAAACACCAAGCCGCUGCACCAGGCAGGGAGUGCUGCUCCGAAUUAUUGUGAGCGCUGCUGCAAUCAUUACAGUAUUGCUGAUUAUCAUUGCCAUUGUUGCUAUCUUGACGCAAAAACCUGUUGACUUAUAUUCAUCAGCCGAAAACCUCAGUUUGGCUGAAAGCCAUCAACAACCGUUUCAUCGAUUGAAACCUUCCUAUCGCCGAUUCACGUUCGACCAAUUGUUUUCUGGGAAAUUAUUCCUGAAGGACAGCUAUGAGUACAACUGGCUGCCUGAUGGUUCAUUGCUUAGAAAGGAGGACGAGUUUCUCGGGUGGCUGUUUCAGACCAACGAAAAUGUGCUAAGAUACAUGCCAGACACGUUUGAAGAAACUGUCUUCCUUGAUGACUCCGAAUAUAUGCAAACAUUGUCCUCUGACUUGAAAUAUGCUUAUCGGACGAAAUUAGUUAGACAGGUUUUCCGACACUCCAUGGAGCGGGUAUUCGAAAUAGUUCAAAUUCUUAAUGGAACCGUUAGCAAGAAAUUUUUCCGUGUUGGACCUGUGGAAAACGCAACCCUUCAAGCAUUCUAUUGGAACCCUAACCCAGAUAGCCACGACUUUGUUUACAUUCAUAAUUACAAUGUUUACUACCAAUUGGACCCUGCUAAACCAGAAAAUGCAAUUCAACUUACUCAUGAUGGCGAAUACUAUUUCCGUUAUGGAUCAACGGAUUGGCUAUAUGAAGAAGAAAUUUUUGACAAUAGUGACGCAUUGUGGUGGUCACCAUCGGGAAGAUAUGUUUCCUAUUUGAGAUUUGACGAUCGAAAUGUUAAUAAGAUUUUCUUGCAAACCUACACAGCUAAUGAUCCCUACGUUGAGUAUUUCGAGCUACCCUACCCAAAGGCUGGUGUUGUGCAAAAUACGGUUGUCGCUCAAUUCAUAUGGGAUCGUCAAAACAACAAAAUUGUUGAAGCAAUUGCUCCAGAAGAGCUUCGCUCACUCAACGAAAGCUACUACAUUGUUUCAAAUACUUGGAUGAAAAUGCCGAAUGGGCUAUCUGACUUGGGAGCUGAGCGUUUGAUCACAGUGUGGACUAACCGCGAACAGAAUAAGGUCUUCUAUACGCUUUGCAGCGAGAUCGAUUGCAUCAUGACAUUGAGCCAAUCGUUUUCCAUAAAUGGUAGGGAAAUGUGGGCAGAGCCGCGUGAAAUUGGAAGUAUUUUCCCAACCAAAACCGGAUUCUUCACAAUUCUGCCACAUUCAUUUAAAAACAAUAUUUAUAACCAUAUUGCGCAUGUAGAGCUUGAGACGAACGGAAUUGGAAAAAUCACAAAAUGGAUUGGAGAAGAUUACGAUGUCAUGUCAAUUUUGGGAUAUUAUACUAACCGUGAUAUAUUGACUUAUAAUGCUUAUGGAAAUGGCGUUGGAGAAAACGGAAUUUAUAAAGUUCCAAAGGCUGCCAACACUCACAUCGAGGAAAUAACGUCAAAAAUGAAUGCUCUAAUCGAGGGAUGCGAUCAUGGAACAUAUACAGUUGAUCCAACUGGCCGUCGAGCCGCACUUCUUUGUCAUCAACCAUUCGAAAAUACGAAAUUCGUUUUGAUGAAUGUCGACAAACCGCGUCAACACAAAAUUUUGGAUGGGGAUGAUGACGCUCAUUUGCCUUUUGAUAAACCACAAUUGGAAUACGGUACAAUCAAUUUACCGUCAGGUGUGGAAGCUCACUACAUGAUAAUGAAGCCUCCAAGAGUAGAAGAAGGAUCCAAACUGCCAUUAAUUUUGGACUUGUAUGGUGGCCCGAAUAGCAAGAAAGUUCGAAAAUCGACUCCAUCACCCCAUUUCAUUCAAAUAUGCUCUCAGUAUGAAGUUGUUGUGGUGAACAUUGAUGUUCGUGGGACAGCCGGAAGAGGAUGGAACGUGAAAGAGCCAGUUUAUAAGAAUUUGGGACCGCCCGAAGCUCGGGAUACCCUUGAUGCCAUACAUCAUCUCGCCAAAAAAUACCCAUUUAUUGAUGAGAACAAUAUCGCCGUAACGGGGUGGUCUUACGGUGGAUUUCUCUCGUCUCAAGUGGCUAUUAAAGACCAAGGAGAUAGUAUUAAAUGCGCUAUAUCUAUUGCCCCAGUGACCGACUUUAAGUAUUACGAUACGGCAUAUACCGAACGCUACAUGGGAAUGCCUGCCAAAAAUGUGCAAGGAUACGAAAAAACCAACCUGAUUCCAAAUGCGAGAAAUAUGACUCAUGUCAGAUAUUUCUUGGCGCACGGUGAAAAGGAUGACAACGUACAUUACCAGAAUAGUGCUCGAUGGUCCGAAGCGUUGCAAUAUGAAAAUAUUCAUUUUACGCAAGUGGUUUACGCAAAUGAGGCGCAUAAUCUACAAGGAAAGGUCCAGCAUUUAUAUUCUGAAAUUCAGCAUUUUUUAACCGACGUUUGCUUUAAAAAUGAGCGAGAUGACGCUAAUCCUUCAGAAGAUGCAGAUGCGGAGGUGAGAAAUUUGGAACUACCGCAGAACUUUAUACUUCCUCAUCCUACGAACGAGCACAAUGAAGAACGUCGACUUGUGCAAGAAAUUCAUGGGGAAUCUUGCGACAUUGAGGUUAUUACGCUUGAUGAAGAUUCAGAUGAUUCAAAUUCGAGCCAACCGCUUCAGUCGGGCGGUGUGUGUAUUCAAAAUCCUAUUAACCGCAAAGAUUCCAUCGACAACGCUACUAAGCUCAUUCAAAUGAGCCGCCAACCGCAUAUUGCCCCGCCUUUUGGCGCAGCUCCGCCUACUCGUUGCCAUGAUUCCUUUCAGAACAACCGAAUGUCUCAACAGCAAUCGUCGGUCGAUGGCGAAGCUCACAGCGCCAGCAAACCCCAACUCCUUUUACAUCAAAAACAAAUCAUGCAGACGACGAAUGGAAUGCCUAAUCAUGUGACAAUGCAGCAGCGCGUUGUUUCACAGCAACCGGCUCAACAAGCUCCACAGCAACCACAGUGGUAUGAGCGCAAUCCGUAUCAGCAGGAGCGACGUUUCCCUUACCAACCGCGCCAGCCGCCGGCCAACGUGCACCCGCCACGCCCCUUUCACGUUUCAAUGGAGCCUCAUGAUCAUUUGCUCAAUCCGCUGACAAAUCACAAUUAUUUGAUGAAUUUGUCGAGCGCUCAGAAUGUUCAAACAAAUCAUCAUCGCCAAGCAGCUCAACCAGCUAGGCAAAUGCCAUUCUAUGGAAGACAUAAUGACCCAAAGCAACAACGAGCUGUGCCAUCACCGCAGCAGAAGUUUUUUCGUGCCUCCCAGCAGCGACAGCAGUUUUUUCGUGCCCAACCAGAAGGACAGCGUCCAGACACUCAGCGAGAAACCAUUCGCUGUGCCGAACAAUCCGAACUGCGUGUGCAGCGCCAGCGUGAGCAGGAGAUGCAUAUGCUCAAUGGACAAACUGGAGCAAUGCAUAUGCGGAGCGGACCGCAAAUGGGAAUGCAUCUGCAGUAUCAACAGCAAACGAUCGCACAACAGCAAUUCCAGACAAAUGGAAAUUAUGAGGCAUUCGGUCAGUACCAGCCAAAUAUACGGAACCUGCCAAAUGGUCAGUUCGAAUCAAAUGCUGAGUACCAGCCAAGUACCCAGUACCAGCUCCAACUCCAUCAGCAACACCAGCAGCCAUACGCCUAUCACCAGCCGAUCGUCCAACCGCACCACCAAACGGAAAACGUACACCAAGAAGGCCAAGCUUGGUACCGACAUCAACAAUUCUUAAAAACCCUGCCGUACGAACACCAGCAUCGUCAACAAGAUGGCAACCUCGGCAGUUUCGACCCAAUUGUGAAUUCUCUUCGCGUCGUGCGCUACGUCGAGGUGUUUCCGGAAUAUGUAUUUGAGCCCGAUGAGAAAUCGCCGAAGCUCAUGAGACCGCCACAAGUGCCCCAGCAAUUGAUGACCAGGGUAAACCGUCCAACAUACAUUUAUAUUCCACCGACGAUAAGCAACUUUAUUCGUUUUGAGUUCGAGGAGGCCAAAACGCUUACCGGCGUCGAUUUGAAGAAGGUUCGCAAAAUCAAGUUGGUUCAUCGUCCGUCUCAAUCUGAUGGAACUCGUCGCUUUGGAUCCUAUCGUGCUGACAUUCCAGUUGGGCUUUGA